AGCAGUACCUUCCACUCUACACUGUUACCCCUCAGAUAUACUUUAACGUUUAUCCUAGCAGCUUGUAUUUCAAUUUUCCAAUUUUUGUUUUUACAUUUUUUUGUACCAGUAAUUCAUACAAAGCAAAAUGCUGCCUGCAACUUUUAAACUGUGUGCUGGCAUUUCCUAUCGACACAUGAGGAACAUGACAGGUCUAAGGAGAAAUGCCCUGGCAGCCAUCCAUCAAGAGCUGAACAGGCUGGCAGGUCCAGGCCCCAGUAACUGGAUCAGCCAAGUCCGCCGACGAAGCUCUCUACUAAGUUCUCGGAUUCAGGAGGAGGAGGGGUACAAUGAGGAAGAGAUGUCAUAUGUGAAGCAAGGUGAGGAUGCGCUGAAAAAAGCCAUCAGCAUCCUCAGCGAGCAGGACGGUUGGACUGUGGAAACCGUAGCUGCAAACGGAGAUAAGGUUCUCAGCAAAGUCUUGCCAGACAUUGGGAAGGUGUUCAAACUUGAAGUGGUGCUGGAGCAACGUCCUGACAACCUUUAUGAAGAGCUGGUGGAAAAAAUGGAGCAAAUGGGAGAGUGGAACCCUAACGUCAAACAAGUCAAAAUUCUUCAAAAGAUUGGGCAGGACACCAUGGUGACCCAUGAAGUGUCGGCAGAGACGCCAGGCAACGUAGUAGGUCCGAGGGACUUUGUGAGUGUCCGCUGUGCUAAACGUCGAGGCUCCACCUGCUUCCUGGCUGGAAUGUCCACUCAGCAUGCAAAGAUGCCAGAGCAGAAAGGUGUCAUCAGAGCCGAGAACGGGCCUACCUGUAUAGUAAUGAGGCCCUGCGCUGAAGACCCAAAUAAGACAAAGUUUACCUGGUUACUGAGUCUGGAUCUAAAGGGCUGGAUCCCAAAGACAAUCAUCAACAAAGUGCUCUCUCAAACGCAGGUGGACUUUGCCAACCACCUCAGAAAUAGGAUGGCAAAUAACGUUUCCAUGGAGAUGGCUCACUCCUGCUGACACAAGAUGCUUCUCGAGCCAAGAGAGAGAAAAAAAAAACCUUUGUUCAUCCAAAUUCUCAUCUAAAUCACUGAAAAAGUAGACACUCCGGGGAGUUUUAAUGAGAUCCCAGGAAGAAUGAGCAUUUCUGAAAUCUUGAGAAAAUCUCAGCACCUUUGAUGAAACUGAUAAUGAGUAAUAAUAGAUAAUCACAACGCCAUGGCUGAUGAGAUUUACAGCUAAAGAAUUUUAAAGAAUAUAUUUCACCGUAAUAUGUGCACCAUGUGCAUUGCUGCCUUUUGCUGAUAGUUGCCAAGUACAAAUCUAUGAAAUAUUGUUUUCUUUAAAAAAAAGAUUUUCAAAUCAAAAACGUGUAUGCUUAUAUGUAUUAACAUUUUUGCACUUAACAUUAAAUGUACUUCACAUUUAAGAAAGUAAGCAAUGGCAAAGAGUGCACUACAUGUGAAACACUGUCUUAAUCAAGUUUGUUAUCAGCUGCUACUCUUAAACAGGGCUUCUGGUUAUUCUAAAUCUUAUCUCCUGUUCAGUGUUUAGAUAAGACCGAAUUUGUGGAGAGAAUUUGAUGCUCUUAACAGUCACGGCAUUUCCCCUCCUAACAAAAAAUGUGUAGAGUUAUUUUUACGACCCUCUAGCUGAUGAGUCUCUUUAAAUAUCAGCCUAAUUAAUUGCCUUGCCCCUGUUGUGAAAUUGCACUUUUAUGUCUGCAUGUUAUUUAUUGAUUUUGCCUAGCUGUGUGACAUUACAGAGACUGCUGGGUGUCACUAAUAUUUAUGCUUUCAAGAGGAAGUUUGAAAAAUGAUUGUAUUGUCUUUGGAUUACA